AUUCAUUUGCACGCAAAGGUUUUCUGAGUAGCGUGCAUGAGAGAGACAGCAGCUGGCCACUAGGCCAAACACUUGCACCAGAAAGAGACCGUCAUAGUCAGCUAGAAAAGAAUCAGUUUGUAGCUGCUUUGCUUUUGUUUGUGUGUUUGGGCAUUCACAUUUCCCCCAUUCAAUAUUUAAUUCACUGGCCGAUAAUAGCAGCGGUGGCCAUACAAUGUGCAAUAGAUAAAUGACCGACUUGCGAUACAUGGGGAGCUAGAAAAGGACCCAAAGGCUUCUUCUAAUCAAUGCCAAAGGCAGUAAUUUUCUACGUACUUACUGCGCGUAUGUGUAUGUGUAUGCGUGUGCCUAACCGUGUGUGCGAGUGUAUGUGCGGGAGGAAAAAAACAACUCUGCUUAACCGUUUCUUGUUGUUGUAGCUACAUUCUUGUUGUUUUUGUUGUUGUUGAUUUGUAGGCAACGGAAGAGGAACAAGAAAUAUUACUGUAAAAAAAGAGACAAAAUAGGAAGAUUCGGAAGUAUAUAGGAAACAUCGCAGAGCCGCAACCUGAUUAAAUAUAUACAUGCAUAUGCACACUUACAAUCGGACAUACACACACACAUAAACACACGCAAGCACACAGAUGGAAGUACAUAUACAAAGGGCGCAACGUUAAAAUUAUACAGAAAGGCUCUCGCUUUGCCUUAAAAUGGACAAUACUGCUGGUCAGUAUGUGCGGAAGAAACUGGCCUGAUGGGACAUGCACAUAGACUAGAAACCAAACCCACUGUUAAGAUUUGGCUGUAAAUAGUUUCGAAUAAGCAAUGAAAACCAUUACGCCGGACACGACGUCAACGUCGCAGCAGCAGCACCACCAGCAGCAGCAGCAGCAACAACUUCUCGUUCCACAAGCAGAAGUGCAGAUGCAACACCAGCAAACGAUUAUUGCGCCGCCCCUGAUAAUGGAAGCCACGGCGCAUGUGAAUCUCGUGGACGAUGAUGAAAAGGAUCCGCUGGCGCUGGAGCAUACGGAUGUGGUGGUGUCGCCAACUACCAAGCACUCACACAGUCUGAGACGCCACCUGCCACGCAUAAUCGUGAAACCCAUACCACCUGACAAGAAGGCCACGGCGCCAAGUGAAGAUCCGCUGCCGGCGGCACUGCCAGGACUGACACCGCUGGCAUCGCAUGCUGCCUCGAAUUCUGCUGCUCCUCCCGCACGCAUGUUUAGCAGUCGGCGCAUCCAGCAACAGCAGCAGGCGAAGGCAGCAGCAGCAGCGGCGGCGGCCGCCGAAGCAGCGGCAGCAGAAGCAGCUGCCCAAGCCAAUGCGGGCCAGCUAUCCACGACGUCGCCGGGCAGCAAAGGUGCCGCCUCCUCCUCGCAAGCCUCAACGAUGCGCGAGGUGCUGGCCUCUAUACCCGGGUUCAGCGUAAAGCCGCGACGUCGCAGCAACAAGAAGCUGACAACAGCAGCGCAAAUCGAGCAAACUAAGGACGGAAAAAUCGAUCUGGAGACACCGGACUCCAUAUUGGCAUCCACCAAUCUGAGGGCGUUGCUGAACAAACAGACUUUCUCGCUGCUACCCCCGCUAUAUCAAUACCAUCUCAUUCAGCUGCUGCCCAGCGUCGAUCGUGAGGCCAGCGUAGUGGAGCCGCAAUUAAUGCCUCCGCUAGAUCAGCCGAGCAGUAGUGGUGCCAGUGGAAGUGCCAGUGGAAGUGGGAGCUCAUCCUCUGAGGCCAUUCGACUAACUGCGUCGUGCCUGAAUAAUGAAUUCUUUGCCCGCGCCUGUCUGGAGUGGCGGGAGCGAUUGAGCGAAGGAGAAUUCACGCCCGAGAAUCAGCUAAAGCUUAAGACGGAGGCAGAGCGCGAGAAGAACAAGCUUGACCCGUGGAAAGUGAAGCACUUUGAGCCCUACUGGGGUGAGAAGAAUGCCAGGAAUGGCCCGGGUGUGCCUGCCACUGCUAGCAAGCUAAAGCUGGAGAACGACGAGGAGAAGCAUCGAACGACAACCAUUAAGAGUGAGCCCAAACCACCAGCGACAACGCAACAAACACAACCACAACUACAGCAGCAGCAGCAACAGCAGCAGCAACAGCAGCAGCAAAAGCAACAAGCAACAUGUGAUAAUGAGACUGAAUUGAAAUUUGAUUUGAGCACAAAGUGCGAACCGACAGCAGCAGCGAGAACAGCAACAACUCCGCCAACUGAGACUUGCAUUCAGAAUAGCUUAGUAGUGACAGAGCAACAGCGUCGCAUACUCAAACGUCCGUCGAGCAGCCCAUCGCGUCGCAAGCCGACACCAACAAUAAUACUCGAGGACGACGAUGAUGAUCCCAUUGAGCUGCAGCUGCUGCCAAGCACAUCCAAGGAGAGCAAACAGAUGAAAAUCGAAGCUCCGUUUGUUCCUUAUUCGUCGUCAGGGAAUGCUGUUGUUGCCACUGCACCGCUGCCACUGCCGCUGCCGCUGCCGCAACCGUCGCCCACCAUCAAUCGAGAUAUUGUAGAUCAUGCCACAACGGUGAUAGCUGCACCAAUCAAUGAGGUGCGACAACAACAGCCACUUAUCAACAGUACCUGUGUUAAAAUCGAGCCAUUCGACGAGUGCAAUGAAGAGUUCAUUUCCAUUGAACAUGCGGAUAUGGUGGAGCUUGAAGCGGCAGCCACAGCUGCUGUCACGCCGCCAACCAAUCCCGAGGCGGAGGUUAAUGAUUUUGUAAGCUAUUUGGAGAGCGUGGAGCUAGUAACCAAAGGGACAUUGGAUGCAUCCAAUGAGACAGAUUCCACAACGGCAGCAGCAGCAGCAGCAGCAACAGCAGCCAGUCAUGAUUUCGUGUUUGCAGAUACCAUUGAUCAUGCAUAUUUCCACAACCAUCAUACAGACAUCAAUCACACCUUCUUCACAUCAUCGUCAUCGUCCAACAUGGCGCAUGCGGCAAUCAACAAACUGGAGGAGGAGCAGCACUGCAUUAAGCUGGAAGACUCGCCCGUUUCUUCUGUGGCCAUACCCAGCUCCAUUUGUAGCUCCACUCCACCCAGCUCGAUCACGUCCACCAGCUUCACAUCCUCCUCAUCCGCUUCGCUAUCAUCGUCGUGCUCGAGCAGCAAUUCCAGCUCCAUGCCGGCCACUGUAACGGCACCCACAACCACCUCGUCAUCAUCGUCGACAACUGUAGCCGCAGCCUCAGCAGGAGCCCCACUGUCGCUGGCUUCAGCGGCAGAGUCAACACUGGCCGAUGUCCAGGCUAUGCUCUCGUCAGUGGUCACAUUGCAGCAGCAGCAACAGCAGCAGCAAGAGCCGUCUGUGGAGUUGAACUCGAGCGAGAUGUAUCAGCAUGUUCAGCACGACUGGAACUUUGGUGACAUUAAGCUGAUGGCAACCACGCCCCCGAGAAGCUCCCAAGCAGCGAGGGAGCAACUGCAGCAGCAGCAUCUGAACCAUGAGGCUAUUAAUCUGAUGGAUGUCGUCAAAGAAGAAGUCAUCGAUGACAAUAUGCUGGACAGCGAUGCGUGUCAGGAGUUCCUCGAUGAGGAUGAAGAGGUGGAGGAGGAGGACGAUGAUCUUGUUGAGUGUAUCGACGAGGAGCACCAGGAACAGCAGAUGAUGGACGUCAUGAAUGACGAGGAUGGUGAUGCAGUGCGGGAAAUAGUGGACAAACUGCAGCAGCAUCAAGAGCAACAGCAGCAGCAGCAUCAGCACCAACAGCAGCAGCAACAACAGCGGCAGCAUGUGCAUAUCCAGGAUGUGGUGCACUUGCCUCAGCAUUCGUUUUUGCCACAGGCCCACAACGAGUACGCGAAUGAGAUUACGCAGGAGAUUCUUUGCGACGCCGUGCCCAUGUCAGCUGCCGAAAUGGAGGUGUCCAGCACCGUGAUCACCAACAGCAGCAACAGCAACGACAGCAGCAACAAUCUGAGUCACAGUCAGCCGACGCAGCCACAGCAGAAUACUCCAGCGGCUGCGCCACAGCAACGACAGAUUUUGGUUGAUUCGAAUGGUCAGAUAAUUGGCAACUUUCUGAUGCAACAACAGCAGCAACGUCAACAGCAGCAGCAACAUCAACAGCAGCAGCAGCUUCUUCAGCAAUUCACACUGCAAGCAGCAGCCGCACAGCAACAGCAGCAGCAGCAACAGCAGGCGACGAGUAGCAAUGCCUUGACCAAAACUCUGCCGGUAACGCUACGCAAUGGAACCCAGCAGUUUUUGUCGCCCAACUUGCUUGCCCAGCAGCAACAGCAGCAAUUGGAGCAGCAGCAGCAGGCAGUGCAACAGAAGCAACAGCUGCAGCAAUUUGCACUGCAACAGGCACAACUGCAUCAGCGGCAACUUAUGGCUCAGGCUGCCAACAACAAUCUGCUCCAACAGCAGCAGCAGCAGCAACAACAGCAGCAUCAGCAGACUGUUGUUCCGGCAGCAGCGCCUCAGCCUAAAUUCAUAGCCAAGCCAUUGAAUAUUAUUUCCAUGACGCGGCCCGCCGCCAAUGCAUCGCCCACCACGGCAGCAACAACAGCAAACAACACAACGAUUCCGUCCGCCUAUGCUAAUGUUGUUGCCGUAACAGCCGCGCCACAGCCACAGCAACAGCCACCACCGCCAUCAGUCGCAGCAUCAGCAGCAGUAGCAGUGCCCCAGCAGUUGCCGCUGCCCCAACCCCAGCCACAGCAGCAGCAGCUCUCUAAUAGCAGUAUGCAGCAGUUGCCAACAUUGCCUAGCGUUCUAACGAUGAAAACUCUACCUCCCUCGGGUGUGCCGACGACCAUAGCCCAGCAGCGAUUGCAACCGAAGAUGCCGACGGGCAAGGGACGCAAGGCCACCAACAAUAGGAUGCCCCCAGGAGCCGUUAAUCUCGAGCGGAGCUAUCAAAUCUGCCAGGCCGUCAUCCAAAAUAGUCCAAAUCGUGAGAAUCUAAAGGCUCAGCUGCGUCCGCCCGGGGCCAUACUCAACCAGCAACAACCACAGCCUCAGCCCAUGCCAACGGCAGUCAGCACAACUGUAACACCUGUGAGCAGUCCCCUGAAUGUGUCGAAUGUGUCCACUGUGGCUGCCACACCCAUGUCAAACAUGACGGCGGUUAGCGCGAAUGUGGUCGCCGCACCAGCGGCUGCAGCACCCAUUCAGAAUAUGAUGAAACCGGAGGAGCUACUGGUUGGAGGUGCCGCUGCCGCUGGAGCCCUGCCCGCCGGCCUGCCGGCCAAUUUGAUGGGCGUUGGACGUCCGGGAGUGUACAAGGUUAUUGGUCCUCGCAUGAGCGGCUUUCCGCGUAAGAAAUAUGUUCAGAGGAAGCCAUCACCCACCACACUGAUACGGCAUGUGUUUAGUCCAGGACCUGGAGCAGCCAAUGCCACGCCCCAGCAGCUUCAGAUACUCCAACAGCAGCAGCAACAACAGCAAGCGGCUACGUUGCCAGUGGCACAAACACAGCCACAGCCACCGGUGGCACCAGAGCAAUUGAUCCAUCAGAACGGCAGUGGCCAGUAUGUGCUGGUUCAUCGCGCCACUGUGGGAGCGGCCGACAAUCAGGCGCCCAGAGCGUCCAGUGCCCCGCCACUGCAUCAGAAUCAGUUUGUCACCGUUCAGAAUCCGCUGCACAGCCUGAAUGGCCUGCCAAUGGGCGGACGCGGGCGUCCCGCUUCGGUGGAUAAUACAGCAGGCAGCGGCAACGUUAUGGCGCCAGCAAUAGCCGCACCCGAGGUCCUGCACCAUCACCAUCAUAAUCACAAUCACGAGCUGCAACAUCAGCAGCAGCAACAGCAUCAUCAUCAGAUGGGAAAUGUUGGCAAUGUGGGCGCCGCCGCGAAUAUUGUGCGGCGCAAUAUCGCUGCAGGCUCCAACAUCACCUAUAUCGAUGGCAACAACACCAAUUCAACAGCUGCCGCUCUCAUGGAAGCAGCUGGCAACAAUUACAUAGUGACGACAACUGCAGCACAAUCACCGGCCACACCAACAGUCAUUCAGCAGCAGCAGCCACCGCCGCAACAGUCGCAACAGCAACAGGCAUUGCAUCCACUUCUGCAUCUGCGUCAAAGUGGGGAAAACACACCGCCAGGCAGCGAGGCCGUCACAGCAACGGCGAACAACUGCGCCUGCUCGCUGAACGCAAUGGUUAUUUGCCAGCAGUGCGGAGCGUUCUGUCACGACGACUGCAUCGGUGCGGCCAAGCUGUGUGUGUCCUGUGUGAUCAGAUGAGAGCCGGACCUACUGCCCAAGGCCCAAGUGGACAACGUAUUAUAGGAAUAUAGAGACCCCUACCCCCCAUAGACAUGUAGUUGCAAUGGCUAUAUACAUAUGAGUAUGUAUCGCCCCCAUAGGCAGACAGCGAUUAUGAUUUUGCGAUUGAUUUGUGAGGCAAAAGCAUAAGAGCGCAAGUGCCAGAGGCUUACGCACAGCAGAAGCACCAACAUCAGUCCUGUUCACAGGCACAGUCCCAGCCCCUGGUGCACACACAGAGCUAGGGCAGCAGAUAGAUAUAAAUAGAUGUGUAUAAUUUAGAUCGUUCAAAGACCCAUUGUAAACUAAGUAAGUCCUCCUGAAGCAGAAGGAGGAGUAGAAUGGAAGAAUGCCUAAAGGGCAAACAAACGAGUGUUGUGUAUUUUGUGCUUGUUGCAUAUCCCUAAAGAUACUCUCUGUUUUUGUGAUUGUUUAAGGAUAUCUAAAGCACACUAUAAAACAAAAACAAACAAAAAAUCUAUAAACUCUCAGUGUAAUUACAAGCAAAAACAUACAAAACAAAAAGAAAAUGGAAAAACAAGAACAAGAACAAAAAGAUGACAACAAAAGGCAAACGUAAAGCAUAAAAAACAGAUUAGAUUAUAUGUAAUGUGUACAUAUUUAUGUUUAAAUGUAUUAUUAAAUGUACUAUAUGGAUAGAAAUCUUGGGCUGGACAUAAUCCCUAUGGCCCCAUGGCCGCCCCAAUGAUGAGUAUAUUUUUAUAAUUUAUUCGCACACGUGCGAAGUUCGGUUGGUUCGUUCUAUGAAUAUAAGAACUUCAUAUUGAUAUAUAUGAUAUAUAUAUAUAUAUUUUACUGUGUAAUUUAUAAACUAAUCGGAGUGUAUAUCUUCUAGGCCCAGCGCCCAGCUCUUAAGUUCUAAUUAGACUAAGUUUAGUAUUCUCCACCAGACAAAUCACCCACACACACACAUCCACACCCCCACACAUCCGAGCCUAGAAACGACUCUCCAUAUCCACACCAUUUCUUUAGCAUAUAGAGCAUACACGUAAUUCUAAUUCACGCAAAUGAUUUCAAAACAAAGCCCCUAUACAUUAAG